AUGAGUAAAGAAGGAUUCAGAGAAGUGGUUAAGGCCGAUUGGGAGUCGUCGGUAUCUGAUAGCCACUCGAGCUUGUAUGAGAAGAUUAGUAGAACGAGGAGGGCCAUAUCUAAAUGGAAGCGACAGAACCCAUCAAACAAUGAGAUCCUCAUCGCAGAGCUGAAGGAGAAAAUAGAUAAGGCGCAGGCGGAUGACUCAGUAUCCAGCGAGGAGGAACUGGAGCUCAAGUGGAAACUGUGUGCUGCGUAUAGGGAGGAGGAGAUUUACUGGAAACAGAAGAGUCGUAUGCUCUGGCUAAGGGAAGGAGAUCGAAACACGAGAUAUUUUCAUGCCAAGACCAAGCAAAGAAGAGCCAGGAACCGAAUAACUAGAAUAAAAAACUCGAUGAACCAUUGGGUGGAGACGGAGGAGGGUAUUGAGGAGGUGGCCACGGUGUACUUCCAACAACUCUUCACUUCGUCGAACCCAUCAACUAUUGAUGACACAAUCCGGUAUAUUGCCGCGCAGGUUAACGAUGAGAUGAAUCAGAGAUUACUAAGAAUCCCUCAAGAUGAGGAGAUUAGGGAGGCGACUUUUGCAAUAAAUCCAGAGAAAGCACCCGGGCCAGACGGUAUGACAAGCCUCUUCUAUCAACGUUUUUGGGCAACGGUAGGCAAAGAUGUUUGCACCAUGGUUCGGGAAUUUUUCAUUACGGGCGACUUUGAUGAAAGACUGAACCAGACCAACAUAUGUCUGAUUCCCAAGACGGAGAGACCAACAUCGAUGUCAGAAUUUCGACCCAUUAGUCUCUGCAAUGUUGGGUACAAGAUCAUCUCGAAGAUUCUAUCCUCUAGACUGAAAAGUAUUCUACCCAAGAUCAUCUCUGAGACGCAAUCCGCCUUUGUGGCGGGGAGACUGAUAACAGAUAACAUCUUCGUGGCUCAGGAGAUGUUCCACGCUCUCAGGACAAACCAAAGUUGUAAAGAUAAAUUCGUGGCGAUUAAAACUGACAUGAGCAAAGCCUACGACCGGGUGGAAUGGAGCUUCAUGGAAGCUUUGCUAUUAAAGUUUGGUUUCGAUGCACAAUGGGUGCACUUGGUCAUGAAGUGUGUAUCUUCUGUAUCUUAUCAGGUUUUGAUUAAUGGAGAAGCCAAGGGACAUAUAAAACCGUCUCGAGGCCUUCGUCAAGGAGACCCUCUAUCGCCAUUCCUUUUUAUCCUCUGCACUGAGGUCUUGAUCUCUCAUAUUAAACGAGCGGAGGAAACGAAGAAGAUAUCCGGGAUUAAAAUAGCACGAGGAAGUCCAUCGAUUUCCCACCUUCUGUUCGCUGAUGACAGCCUUUUCUUCUGCAAAGCGGAGCAAUCUCAAUGCGAAGAACUGGUUCGAAUCAUUGACGUCUAUGGAACAGCCUCAGGACAACAACUGAAUAAAGAAAAAUCUUCAGUUCUGUUCGGUUCUAAGGUCAUAGCGUCCACAAAAUCUGACCUGAGAAGGUCUCUUGGUAUCACUAAAGAAGGUGGGAUGGGUAUGUACUUGGGAAUGCCAGAAAAAAUAUGCGGAUCAAAGAAGCAAGUCUUCUCUUUUGUUCAAGAUCGUAUGAAUGGAAAAAUCAACUCGUGGUCGGGUAAACUCUUAUCUAGAGGGGGCAAGGAGGUUCAGAUAAAGUCUGUGGCACAAGCGGUUCCUACAUAUGUUAUGUCCUGCUACCUCCUCCCCAUUGAUACCUGUAAUAAACUUUCCGCCGCAGUGGCGCGUUUUUGGUGGGGUACACGAAAUAAUAAUAGAGGCUUACAUUGGGUAGCCUGGGAUAAAAUUUGUGUACCUCUUGAAGAAGGAGGUUUAGGAUUCCGGAACUUCCGUGAUUUCAACUUAGCCCUCUUGGCUAAACAGGUCUGGCGCCUUCUCACCAAGCCGAAUACCCUGUUGGCUCGGGUUUUAAAAGGAAGGUAUUAUAGACAUACGAACCCUCUCUUAACGGGUAAGGCCAAUAAUCCAUCUCUUGGCUGGACGAGUUUAAUGGCGGCAAAGCAUGUGUUAAAGGAUGGGCUGCAAAGGACCAUUGGAACAGGGGCAGAAACAAAGGUCUGGGAAGACUUAUGGAUCCCUGAUUCACCUGCCCGAGCAGCUCUCCCACGCAUAGCGAACAUCGACCCGGGGUUGAAGGUCCAUCAUCUGAUCGACUUCGAGAGCAAAAUGUGGAAUAUCGACAUGGUUCAUCAGUUUAUUGCUGCGAUAGAUGUCCCCCGAGUCCUAUCGCUUAAAAUAAGUAAGACAGGACGAAGAGACAGCUACUCUUGGAGCUUCACUAGCUCUGGAAACUAUACUGUUAGAUCGGGUUAUGCUACGGUCGUGAAUCAGAGAAGGCAGAAAGAAAACGAUGGAAUAGUGGAACCAAGCACAACUGCUCUUAAGAAGGCGAUUUGGAAACUGAAGUGUCCACGCAAGAUUAAACACUUCGUCUGGAACAUGAUGUCAGGUUUCGUGGCGUCGGCAAGCAAGCUGAAAGAAAGGCACUGCGGGAUAGAUGCGACGUGCCAGCGGUGUGGGGCUGAACAAGAAACUAUCAAUCAUAUCAUUUUUGAAUGCCCACCAGCUGUGCAGUGCUGGGCAUUGUCGACAAUACCAUCAGCUCCGGGAGUAUUCCCGUGUUCUUCAGUAUACACAAACCUUGAUACUCUGUUAGGAUAUAUAGCAAAUGCAUCUCUACUAGCCGGAAAUGUGCUGAUGUUUCCUUGGUUAAUCUGGUACAUCUGGAAAGCCCGUAACGAAAAAUGCUUCAAUGGAAAGGAUGUGUCGCCGAUGGAUACGCUCCAGCUCGCAAGCAGCGAAGCGGAAACAUGGCGCAUAGCACAAGUGGUAGAGGAAGUUGCUGAUGCGGUACAAGACCAAGGAACUUCACUACAACAGGAAGAGAGACCAGUACCAGACUGUAAAUGGAGAUGUCAAGUUGAUGCAUCCUGGCAGAACAAGAACGACGAAGCCGGCUGGGGGUUCAUCCUUUUUGAAGAUCAGCAAGUUAAGCUUGUGGGAGUCAGGAAAGGAAAUUGUGCCUCCUCGCCAUUGCAUGCUGAAGCUGAGAGCCUCGCCUGGGCAAUGAAAGAGACGAGACAGAGUGGUGUUAAUGAGGUCUGCUUCGAAUCAGACUGCCAACAACUGACUCGCCUUACUCAAAACCCGCAGGAAUGGCCAGCCAUAGGACCUGAACUGGAUGAGAUCGAUUUUCUGAGCUCUGAAUUCUCUUCUUGCUCUAUCCGUUUUAUAAGACGUACUGAAAAUGUCCGUGCGGACUGCCUUGCAAAGGCAGGACGAUCACGAGCUCAUGAUUUCUGUUACUUGGAUACCAAGAUUCCUCCAUGGCUUGCUCAUGAAGCUUGCCUGUUUGAACCUCUAGUUACUUAA